UCUAUACACUAUAAGUUGCAAGAAGUAUGUAUAUAUACAUAGUGAAUGUAUUAAUUGAAAUAUAUUACAUUAGAGAAUUAUUAGGAAUUUGAGAUUACUGAAUUACGAUUAUUAGGGAAUUGCUAUGAAACAUAAAGGUAUAUAUAACAUAAUUCGUAAUUAAAAAUAUCGUUCAAAAAUGAUUCUUUUAGCAUGUAAAUUAUAGUAAUCAAUAUAUAUAAGAGCAUACCUUAUAUGUACUUUUAGUGUCUUCCACUCGAACACAUUGUAAUCUAUCUUUUAUUAACAAACAAUUGAUGUUUCGAUAAAAAGGCAUUUGUUGGAUACAUCGAGCAAGGGACGCACAUGUCGAACAUUUACGAAUUGCUUUGUACCGAAACGAACUGUGAUCCGAUGUUACUUGGUGAAAGUAUAUCAGCUUAUCAUAUUUACUUUCAAAUAAAAAUAGUCGAGAAUUUUGGACUUGGACAAGACGAGCUGCUUUCACAGCUGAUAGGCUAUAUAAUUAUAUCAUUUUUCUUAUCUCUGAUACGAAGAACUGGCGUGACGCGAGCGUACGUAUAAUGCGAUGGAGAGAAAUAGCAAGCCGCGCAACAAGACUAGCCACGUCAAGAUUAGAGAGCGAGAGAAAGAGAUAGGGAGAGAGGGUAUUGGUUUGAAGCAGAUUCGAGCACAGAAGGAAAAGUAGUCCCGAAUAGUCGGUCGUUGUAUUCAUCGAUUACUGGUAGCGACGCGUAGAUCCCGCUAAUACGAGUGAUCACCGGUUCCUGUAAAGAUUAACGCGAGAUCUGGAUUAUACGGCUUAAAGAAACUAUUUACCGAUCGGUGAAUUAUUCCUAAGCAAAAACACGCGAGGAAAAAUAUAUAGACAUGAUGUUCAGAAAAGUCGGGAUGAUAUCUAAAAGAAAGGGAUAUCUUUUGAAUCUGAUCAGUCAGGCCGAGAAAAAUCAUCGAACUAUAACGUCACAAGAAAUUUUCGAACGCGAAUCAAAAUACGGUGCUCACAAUUAUCAUCCACUCCCUGUUGCGUUAUGCAAAGCGGAAGGAGUUUUCAUGUGGGACGUCGAAGGCAAACGCUACUAUGAUUUUCUGAGUGCCUACUCUGCCGUUAAUCAAGGCCAUUGCCAUCCAAGAAUUUACAAGGCUUUGGUCGAACAAGCGAAGGUUUUGACAUUAACUUCGCGGGCUUUUUACUCGGAUGUAUUGGGAGAAUUUGAAGAAUAUAUUACGAAACUUUUCGGGUACGAGAAAUGGCUUCCGAUGAACACAGGAGUAGAAGGUGGCGAAACCGCUUGUAAGCUGGCACGCAGAUGGGGUUACGCGUGCAAAGGUAUACCGCAGUAUCAAGCGAAGAUUGUUUUCGCGGAAGGCAAUUUUUGGGGCAGAACAAUGAGCGCGGUAUCCUCAAGCACGGAUCCAACUAGUUACAGUGGGUUCGGUCCAUUUAUGCCUGGAUUCGAGCUCGUUCCGUACGACGAUCUUACGGCGCUUCAACAGGUUUUAGCCGACCCUCAGGUUUGUGCUUUCAUGGUGGAACCUAUUCAAGGCGAAGCUGGCGUCGUCGUACCGAAGGACGGCUAUCUGAAGGGUGUGAGAGAAUUAUGUACGAAGCACAACGUUUUAUGGAUCGCCGACGAGGUGCAAACUGGUUUGGCAAGGACAGGAAAACGAUUGGCAGUAGAUCACGAAAAUGUAAAACCAGACAUUUUGAUCCUUGGAAAGGCCCUGUCCGGUGGUUUCUAUCCAGUUUCUGGUGUAUUCGCCAACGAUUCGGUGAUGUUAACUAUAAAGCCUGGCGAACAUGGCUCGACUUAUGGUGGCAACCCUCUAGGAUGUAAAGUCGCCCUUGAAGCGCUUCGCGUGCUCGAGGAAGAAAAACUAGCGGAAAAUGCUGAAAGGCUCGGACAUAUUCUCAGGAAGGAGCUUGGAAAAUUACCAAAGGAUGUGGUUACUCUUCCGAUCACGAGAUCACGAAUCUUCGGUUUAACGAAAGAAGUAGAGCUGAAGAGAUUUCUGAGUUCGCAAGAGUUGAUCGAUCGUGAUAAUAUGUAUGGUGGUAGACAUUUCAAGCCACUUCCGGUAGUUCUUUCAAGAGGCGAAGGCGUCUAUUUGUGGGACGUCGAAGGGAAACGAUAUCUCGAUUUUUUGGCCGGUUUCUCAACAGUGAAUCAAGGUCAUUGUCAUCCACGUUUGGUGAAAGUAAUGAGAGAACAAGUGGGAAAGCUCGCUCACACGUCUAGAGCUUUUUAUUCGGAGCCUCACGGUGCACUAGGAGAAUAUCUGUCGAAGCUUCUGGGGUGGGACAAAUUCUUGCCGAUGAAUACUGGAGUCGAAGCAGGUGAUACUGCCAUUAAGGUUGCUAGGCGUUGGGCUUACAGAGUAAAGAAGAUACCUCCGGAACAAGCAACCGUGGUCUUCGCGAAAGGGAACUUCUGGGGACGUUCUAUAGCCGCGCUGUCUGCAUCUACGGAUUCAAAUUGUUACACCGAUUUUGGACCUUACGUUCCUCGCUUCGACAAAGUACCGUACAAUGACCUCAACGCUUUAGAAGAAAAAUUUAAGCAGGAUCCAACUGUUUGCGCUUACAUGAUGGAACCAAUUCAAGGAGAAGCGGGUGUCAUAAUACCUAAUGAUGGCUACUUGAAAGGUGUACGAGACCUGUGCGACAAAUACAAUGUGUUAUGGAUCGCUGACGAAGUACAAACUGGUUUAUGCAGAACGGGCAAACGAUUGGCGGUAGAUCACGAAAAUCAACGGCCGGAUAUUCUCGUGCUAGGAAAGGCAUUGUCUGGCGGAUUGUAUCCUGUUUCCGGUAUUUUAGCGGACGAACAGAUAAUAAUGUGCCUAGAAACUGGAUCUCACGGUAGCACUUUCGGUGGAAGUCCGCUUGGUAACAGAGUCGCUAUAGAAGCAGUUAAAAUUUUAGAGGAAGAAAGUCUUGCAGAGAAUGCGAGUAAGCUUGGGGAAAUUCUACGGAAAGAAUUAGGAAAACUUCCGAAAGACAUAGCGGUAGAAUUUAGAGGUCGAGGUUUAUUGGCUGGCUUAGUAAUUAAUAAAGACUUCGCCGAAGGAUGGGAUAUUUGUUUAAGACUGAAAGAAGCAGGUUUGUUGUCGAGACCUGCUCAUGGUCAAAUAUUAAGGAUAUCGCCACCACUUACUAUUACGAAAGAACAACUUGAAGAAGGUCUCGAUAUACUCACCACUGUCCUCAGAAAUUACAAAUAAAUUAGUUAUCGUUACAUGGAUAACUCUUCUAUAAUACGAGAGCUACCCUAUAAUACGAGGAAAAUGUCGUGUUAUAAAAAUCGCAUUAUGCCAGACGCAAAAUAUACGCAAAAAGUGAAUUUAUUUUCUAAAAGCGAUUCCUUUAAUUAUUCUUUCGAAUUAAUCUUUUAAAAAUAUUAUGAUAAUAAUUUUUUUAAAAAAGAGUAAUAGAGUAGAGCCUUAGUAAUUUAAAUCUCUAAAAAAUUAAUAUUUUAUUCAUUGCUUUUCUCAUUGCUUAAAAAAGCAAUAAGUUUAUACAUAUCUACAUCUCGCA